AUGUCACUAGUGAUCCCUGAGAAUAGCAGCAGCAGCCUUAGUCAGCGUACAAUAGUCAUUGUCAUUGGUACCAUUGUGGGUAUGGGCAAAAGGUAUAUUUGUGUGGUGUCAAGAAAAGGGAACAUUGACCUCACUAAGAGGGCUGGAAAGCUCAUUGAGGACAAAGUGGAACAUGUGAUCGCCAUUAUGCUGGUACAAGAUCUCACAUCAUUUCCUGAAAAAAAAAACAGAAGGCUGAAAAAGAUGGUAAAUAGAAUCAAGUUCUGGAAAAAUUAUCUGAACAACAAGCUUCAUGAAGACCUGGAAUAA